GUGCCGCUCUAUGUGCUCUGUUCCUCAACAGCAGUGCGAAACUCCUCCACUUCCAUCGGUUUUUAAUGUUCAUUUUCUGUUGUUUUGUGUUUUUAUCGUGAUGGAUGUCGCGCUGAUGUGAUAUAGAUGUGUUUCUGGGCGCGAACGCGUGCGGUUUGGAUUAUUCGCGCUGUUUUUGUGGCUUUGUGAUGAGGAGGUGAUGAUCAGAUGAUGGCGCCCUCUAAGAUGAAGCUACGUGUGAGGAAGAGAGACAGCGCUGGCAAAUCUUCUCAGCGUUUAUUGGCCAACGCGUCGCCCGAUUCCAAAUGCCCCAUCUGCCUCGAUGGGUUCAACAACGUGGCAUCGCUUGACCGAUGCCUGCACCAGUUCUGUUUCCGCUGCAUCCACGAGUGGUCCAAGAACAAAGCCGAGUGUCCGCUCUGUAAGCAGCCCUUCCACUCCAUAUUCCACUCCGUCAAAGGGGAAAACGACUUUAAGGAGUUCGUGCUGCGUCCGCCGGAGAAUGGAGCGGCUGCGAAUGCUGAUCCAUCUGAGCGUGUGCUCCGCCCCCGAGUUCUCCGAGGCCGGGAGAGGCGGAGCCACAGAGUGCAAAACCCCGCCCCUUCCUCCUCCCCUCCACUAGAGGACGACGUUAUGUUCGAUGGCCUGACGGAUGCAGUGGCGCUCGCGGAGAACCAAGAUGUGCAGCAGAUGGUGCUGCGAUUGACGGCGCGCAGACAUGGGCGUGGCGAGGGGCAGAGUUUGCGGCGUUUGCGUGACCAAGAUGUUGUGGCAUUCCGACGAGCGCUUUAUAGGACCGGCGUGCGAGUGCGCAACUCGAGGGACACUGGCAGGCAGAGGGACAUUUCAGCUGCGUUCUUGCGGCAAAACCCCGGCUGUUUGCGACGGCUUUUGCCUUGGCUGCAGCGCGAGCUCACGGUGCUGUACGGUUCGCACGGCUCGCUAGUGAACAUCGUGCAGAACAUCAUCAUCUCACGCAUCAUGAACUACAACAUGGAGGACUCGGCCAUCCGGGACGAGCUCCGCCCCUUCCUGCUGGCGCGCACCGACCACUUCCUGCACGAGCUGGUGAGCUUCGCCCGCUCCACCCUCAACAUGGAGGCUUACGACCAGCAGGCCGUUUACGACUGUCCCGCUCCCAGCUACGAGGAGGGCAGCAGCUCGGACCUUUCUGUUAUCGCCAUCUCCGAGGAUGACGACGAUAAUGACAGUGAGGACAAUGUCACAGAGAAUCCCUCUGCUGUCCAGGAACACCUUGCAUCCGUUGCCACAGCAAGUGGAGCGGAAAGUUUGCCAAGUCAGUCAGCGUGGGAUGAUGAGACGCCUGGUCCCUCCUAUUCAACCCUCCUCCCCUCUUCCAGCCAAUCGCAUGGCGAGGGGGCGGAGCCAAGCUCAAGCACAGCCCCUCCCCUCAGCGCCCUGGAUAUGACUGACCCUGCGGAGAAUGGCAGAGUGUCAGCCGGACCGGGUGAAGAUGACGAAGAGGAAGAGUGCCUGAUUGUGGGAUACGUGAAGCCAAUGGCCGAACGGACUCCAGAACUUGUUCAGCUCUCUUCAGACUCGUCUGAAGAGGAGCAAGAGCCAGCCACCACUGAGACAAUGGCCUCAGUAACGAAAUCAGAGGCAUCCCAAGUGCAGCUCCCGUUACAGUCCCACAUGAACCCGCUUAGCCCUAGUUCCUCCCCAGGCCCUGCUCCCCUGUACAGUCCACAGAAUUUACACUCGGAUGGAGUCGGGUCACACAACAUAGAACAAGAAUCCGAGUACUUGUCCUCCCGUGGUCACCGGUCCAAAGAUGGUUCACAUUCACGGCAGAGUCGAGAUGACUCCAGAUUCAGAGGUCACAAGAAGCACAAAAGUCAUCGGUGCUCUGGGAGCAAAGAGAAGGAUAAGAGUUUAGAACAAUCCCGGCACGUCAAGACACCGGAUUGCUCACCAAGCCAAACACAGAGCUGGACUCAAAGCCCAGCAGUGUCCAUUUGGAGCGGUAGCCCUGCCUCUAAGUCACACAGUAGCGACUGCUCUCCUUCUAAAAAUAAGAGCGGAGAGCAUUCGCGCCAUGUGAAAGAGAGAUUCUCACACUCUCCUUCCAACUCCAGAAGGAAGAGAACCAAGGAAAAGAAGAGUAGGUCACCCGACUCAGACUCGUUCCUUGGUUCCCACCAUCCCCGUGAGGCAAAGCGUUGUCGGAAACGCCGCAAGCGGUCGGUCAGCAGCAGCAGCGCUGAUUCGCACUCCGAAAGAUCCUGCCUGGACAAGCCCAGUGGCAAACGCAAGUACAAAACCCGGCACUUGGAGCGAGCAGCCCAGCGGCAGCACAAGGAAGGAACCGCAAGCAAGGAAAAGCGGCACCGAGAGCAGCGACGAAGCAGGGAACGAUCUCCAAGUGUGGAGAUCAUCUACGAACGAAGGCCGCCGGACCCGUACUGGGUCCAGCGGAGAAAGAGGAGGCACCGGAAGCGAAGGAGGGAACUGCGUUCUCCCACUGUGAUCACGAUCGAUAGCGACAGCGACCGUACCAUCGACUGUCUGGACCGCGUCAUGGAUGUUAUAGACCAAACCGCUGCUGAUGUCGAGCAGAGGGAUGGGACUCCUGAGCAAGAUUCCAUCCAGAACACAAGUUGUACCUUGGAUUCUUCAAAUCCUCUAUCCGAGCCUUCGAGUCCCAUGGGCCGAGGCGACCCAACCACUGAACGCACACUAAACCUGGACGACUGCGUGGUGGAUGUAGUCGACCACAGUAGUUCUGACUGCUCCCGAAAUAUGGGUGCCAGUAACCACGAAGAGUUUAUACCCGACCCUUUCCCAGUGGAUUCGAUAAUAAUGGCCCCACCUUCGGACGUGAGGCUGCUGGAAACCAUACUGCAAGAUCUUGUGGAUUUCCUACCGGGGGUAGAGCGGGAAAUGGGGCCGAGUUCUCCCAGCCAACACGAACCAACUUCUAGCCGACAAAAAGACCAAUCAGAGAUGGGAAGAGAUGCUGAAAACUUGGAGAAUGAGAACACCGAUGGCAACGGACCGCAAGAGUCGACGACCAACACUGCUAGCUAGAAUUAAAACACUCUUUUUUUUACAGACACAUGCUUGUGUGAUGCUUAUCUGAAUCGCCUCUAGACAUUUUAUAAACCCAUGUAAAGACUGAAUUCCUGCUGGAAAUGGAUGCAUAAGAAACGUGUGGAGAACACUUCUUUUUUUUUUUUGCCAUUGUCAACUUCAUUAUUGUUCAUGUUGUAUUUAUAGUUACGGUGAUCCUCUUCCUUGAAUCUGGUGCUGAUUCACUGUGCCACAACCCAACUACAAUCAUGCCUGGAUGGCAACCCUUGUUCGCCUAACCUUAACUCUAGUAGCAGCAAAUACAUAGGGGUUACCAUCUAGGCUCGUGGUUCUCAGCUUGUUUGCUUCAAGACUCAUAUUUUGUUUGACAAGACGCAGGGCUUUUGACAAACUGAAUAAAAAAAAAAAAAUGGGAAACUUUAUUUUGCUAUCCUACACUCUUAGAAAAAAUGUGCAAAACUUGUGCCUAUAAGGUGCUUUCGCACCGGAGGAACCUUUUCAUAGAUCCUAGAACUAUAGGUGGAAUUUCCGCUUUUUGGCGUGUUCGCACUGCAGGAACUAGGAACGUAUUUAGUUCUAGGAACUCCAUUUGGGGGAACUAAUUUAGCUCCUACUUCAGAGUGGGGUCUAAAACAGUUCUAUAGGAACUACCAGUGACAUAAGUGUACACUGUUUGGCCAAACGCAUACGAAACAUUGGCUACCAGGCAUAUUUAAAAAGCCAUGUAAAAAUAUUUACUCCACGAACAUGGAAAAUAGCGAUAAUGGCAUUUACCUGUUGUCUGCACCCUUGUGUUCUUUUCUCAGCCAUUUGUAACUCUGCAAGUUGUCAUAGGAGUUUUAGUCAGAUUUUCAUGCUCUUUCAAUCGCAUAAAUUGUGCAUUUACAUUCCAUCUCCGUUAUCACAAAUCUCACGACACACAUCAAAAACAUCUCCGAUCACGGCUUUCUCCAUUCACCGGUUGUUGAUAUUUACAAAUUCAAAGAAUUAAGACGUCGCUGGCGGCAGCUUCAGAGUUCCUGCUGCCGGUUCCAAUGCAACUUGAAAAAUGGCCCAAUUGAGAAAUUGAUUCUCUAUGAACCACCCUGCUGGUUAGUUCCUAUAACUAAAGCCUGGAAUACACUACACAAUUUUUACCCUGAUUUUCCACCGAUUUACAGUCUGGAGAAGUUGACACUAGUUGCCCAAAGUCAGAGCCAGUCUGCAUAUUUGAGUUGACCGAUUACAUAAAAAAUUGCGUAGUGUAUGAUGGUCACAGACUCCUGAUUUUUUUUUUAGCUUCAGACUUAUUCCAUCCAGUCGGAGGAUAUCAAACAUGUUUGAUAUUUUCAGCGGAUUUUAGAAUGCAUAUUGUUUUCAUUUGUCAAGCGUCUCCUAGCAACAAAGACGCAUGUUUCUGCAUGAGUUUGUUGUGAUCGGAAUGACUUUAAAGUCUGGUAAUGUAUGAUGUACAGUUUUCCACUAUUUACAAAGUCGGUAAGUGUAUGAUGCCUAGUGUUUUAAAAAUCUGUUCAAAUUUUAAAAGUCAUGUAGUGUAUUCCAGGCUCAAGUUCCUAGAACUACACAGUGCGAAAGCGCCUUUAGAUGUACAACAGAUUGUCACUGGGGCAGCGUGUUGGAAAGGAGAAAACGGCGUGGCUAGCGUUUUCCAUGUGUUUUUAGGUGCGACAUGUGAACAGCCCCUAAGGGUACAUAUUACAAAUAUGCACCUUUUAGGGUUGGACAAGGUAUAAAGUUAACCCUAACGGUGCAUAUACCAUACUACUUAAUGUACUAAUAUGCACCAGUUAGGUUUGGAUAAGGUACAGCAUUGUACUUUAAGCGUGUAUAUUGCUACUUAAGGUAUCUUAUGUACCUUUUAGAGUUGGAUAAGGUGCAACGUUGUACCUUAAGGUGCAUAUUAGUAAUUAAGGUGCUAAUAUGCAUCUUUUAGGGUUAAAUAAGGUACAAAGUUGUCCUUUUAAGGUUAUUGCCCCAGUGACAUGUUGUUUUACAUCUAAAGGUACAUUCUUCACAUUUUCUGACAGUGUACAUGAUUAUAUGGUUAGUUGCAUUUUAUUAUUUGCGUUUAGCAUUGUUUUUUCUGCUUCUGUCCACAAUCUUGUCAGAGCGUACCUGUGAUCCUGUUUUGAAUCAUGACCCACUGGCUGAGAAUCACUGAUCAUUCAUUAUUAAGUUCCACUGAACCUAGAGAAUUGUGUCUUUGUUAAACUCAGGGAACAGGUGACGUGCACCUCCAUGCCUCCGUUACGCAGUAUGUGUAUGUGGGACUAUGGUGACACCCUUGAGAUAUAAUUCACUGAUCAUGUCUACUGAACACACAUCAAGCCUUCUUUACAACAGCUGUCUGUCACAUGUCAGCCAACAAUCAAUAAAUGCAUUUAAUAGAUGUACAAUCUAGUGUCUAAAAGUGUUUUUCUUUAUGAACAGCAGCAAUAGUUCAUCACCUUUGUGAGCUGAGACCCUUCUAACCAGUAGGGGUUUGAUAAAACAGUGUGAUAAAUCCUGUGUCAUGGUAUAGUCCCCUAUAUUAGUAGACUUUUGUAUUAAGCCGGUUUGUAUUAAAUUAAGUAGCUGUCGCUCCCUUGUGUAAAGUCGCCAACUUUCAUUAGCCGGGUUUGCAUCCAAAAUUGCGAAUUUUACUUGAAAUUGAAAUAUCGCAAAAAAAACAUUUGCGACUAAGCACCGUUUCCAUCCAGCAAGUGAAAGAGCGCAAAGAUUUUUUGAUGGUGUGAACAUACAGUAUGACUACCUUAAUGAAAUCUUAAUAUCUGAUGUUUUUUUGUGUUCUUUCGCAUAAGCAUUGAAUUAUAAUUUUUCAUUAAAAUAUAAAAUGAUAUUACACAAUUCUCUCAGAAACCUUUGCAGUCGGCCACAUUUUGCGUUCUCUCGCAAAAGUAUUGUGUUGCCCUUAAGAAACUUUGCAUUCACCCUCGCAACAUUUUUCAUUCUCCCACAAAUGCAUUGCGUUCCUUUCAGAAACAUCUGCAGUCAGUCGUAAAGUUAUUGCGUUCUCCCGAGAAACCCACAAAUGUGUUCUUCAUAGAAACGUUGCGUUUGGCCGCAAAACAAUUUUGUGUUCCCUGUUAAUCUUUGCAUUCGUUCACAAAUUUCUUGCGUACUCCCAAAACUUGCAUUUCUCUCAGCAACUUUGCGUUCACUCACAAAAGUACGGUGCCCGCGAGGUGACAUGGUCGGUUCACGACAUCAUAACUCGUGGGAGCGUGAUAUUAUGUCGUGGCCACGAGAUCAUUUUUCAUUAUCAUUUAUAUUUUUAUAUUUGUUAUAUAUGCUUAUUUCCCCUUUCAAUUUGUAUAUCGCUUUACCUAGUUAAUGUUUUGUGUAAUUAUGCUAUAUUUGCUAGCCUACCAUAUAUUUUGCUAAUACUGUGAACACUUGAC